AUGGAAGUGGGAGUCGUGGGAAAGGGUUGCGCCAAUGUACCUUUCAAGGGCGCGGUGACCAUGAAUCUUGUACCACGGGGCUUCUGGAGGAAAGUCCUGAAUGAGAACGAAAAGGCGUUUCUGGUGCAAUUCAACCCCGAAAGACACGGCGACCUGUCUGCCAUAGUAGCGAAACUUCGAGGCGUCGAUUCAACGCAAGAUGGAGGGCACGGUGACACGACGCGAGGAGAGUUUAUAAACAAGGAUCCGGCAGAUCCGAGCCCGCUGACUGGGGCAGGCGAGCAGAAAUGA